AGCAAACUAGUCUCCUUCAUUAGUUUACAUACAAAAGUCUUCAACAAUGGCCGGUCUUGACUUUUCCUGUGAAGACUCCUUUAAGUUGGUGUCUAUGAAAGCUUACCUCGCCGAGUUCAUCUCCACAUUGCUCUUUGUUUUCGCUGGCGUAGGCUCAGCCAUUGCCUUUGGGAAGCUAACGCAGAAUGCGGCUCUUGACGCGUCCGGUCUAGUGGCGAUUGCGGUUUGCCACGGUUUUGCUCUCUUUGUGGCGGUUUCGAUCGCAGCUAACCACUCCGGUGGUCAUGUGAAUCCAGCGGUCACUUUUGGCCUUGUUCUUGGUGGAAAACUGAAAGUCGUCACGGGAAUUGUCUACUGGGUUGCUCAGCUUCUUGGCUCCACCGUUGCUUGCUUCCUUCUUAAAUUUGUCACCGGUGGUUUGGCGAUUCCAAUCCACAGCGUUGCGGCUGGAGUAGGAUCCGCUGAAGGAGUAGUGAUGGAGAUCAUAGUCACAUUUGCAUUGGUCUACACUGUUUACGCCACAGCCGUUGAUCCCAAGAAUGGCACUCUAGGAACCAUCGCACCACUUGCUAUUGGUCUCAUCGUCGGUGCUAACAUCCUCGCCGCUGGUCCGUUCUCUGGCGGUUCCAUGAACCCUGCUCGUUCGUUUGGACCAGCUCUUGCGGCUGGUGACUUCUCAGGACAUUGGGUCUAUUGGGUCGGUCCACUUGUUGGUGGUGGACUUGCUGGAGUUAUCUACUCCAACGCUUUUAUUAACGAGUCAAACCCCGAGACCGAGUCUGAGCGUGUUCCUCUUAUCUCUGCUUAAGUGAUCUUUGAGUAUGAUUCGUGUUUUGUUAAUUUUUUUUAGUUUGGUUUUAGUGAUUUCUUCUUAAAUCUGUCGCUUGAUUGAUUUUGAUUUGGUUACAAGUGAUUGUUUGCAUAUCUCUUUUCUUGUCAACUUGUACAAUAUAAAUGGAUGUUCGUGAGAUAUUUACCUCAGAAUUGCACAAUAAGCAGAAUUACAAAAC